AACGCAGGCGGGCGAGCGAGCGUGCGUACGCGCAGUCGCGUCUCACCUCGCUCGCAGACGCACGUUUUGCAAAUCUGCCCCGGCGGCGACGGCGACCCUCCCUCCCACUCGCUUUCCCCGCUCCCUCCUGGCCUGCCCAUAAAUAGCCCCCCGCCGAGGACACGGGACACAGCCCGUCCCCGUCGUGCUUCAAUUCGCCACUCUCCUGGCCCCUGCUGCCGUCGCCGGCUUCUACAGCUACUAGCAGCUCGGAGGACCGGGAGCAGCUCCCAACACCCGCGGAGCCAGCCAGCCGCUUGCGCUUGGACCCCCGAUCGAUCGUCUCGUCGCCGCCUGCCCGGGCGGCCGAUGGGGAGGGCGCCGUGCUGCGAGAAGGAGGGGCUGCGGCGGGGCGCGUGGAGCGCCGAGGAGGACCAGCGCCUGGUGGCCUACGUCCGGCAGAACGGCCACCCCAACUGGCGCGCGCUGCCACGCCAGGCCGGCCUGCUCCGCUGCGGCAAGAGCUGCCGCCUCCGCUGGAUCAACUACCUCCGCCCCGACAUCAAGCGCGGCAACUUCACCCCCGACGAGGAGGCCCUCAUCGUCCGCCUCCACCGCGAGCUCGGCAACAGGUGGUCAGCGAUCGCGGCGCAGCUGCCGGGGCGCACCGACAACGAGAUCAAGAACGUGUGGCACACCCACAUCAAGAAGCGCCUGGAGGACGGCCACGGGGAGGAGAAGAAGGCGCGCAAAGGCAAGCCCGCCGCCAAGAAGGCCGCCGACGCCGUGGGCCGCAGCAGCGAGCACGGGCCGUUCCUGACCGCGUCGCCGGGGCUGUCGAGCAGCGGCGUCACGUUCUCCGCCGCGGCGGACUCCGCCGCGGCCGUGUCGUCGUCGGCCGACAACGCGGCCACCACCAGCCACCACCCGCAGCAGGUCGGCGCCAGCAAGGCGGAGUCGUCGACGGAGUUGGACAGCGGCCUCAGCUCCGCCGAGUUCCCGCCCCUCGACGACAGCUUCUGGUCGUCGGCGGACGUCGUGGACAUGGGCCUCGGCGCCACGGACGAGGAGCUGGGCCUCGCGUGCCCGCCGCCGCUGUCGUCGUCGUCCACCAGGGACGAGGACAUGGAGUUCUGGCUCAACAUGCUGCUGGAGGCCGGCGACAUGAGGGACUUGAGCGUCUUGUAACUAGGAUGCAGGAUCGGAAGCCUCAGGCGCCUGCUAUAUCUGAGGACUAGAGCAUCGCAUCUUCUUUCUUUUUUCUUGUCAUCUUGUUGCCCUGUUUUCUGGUGAUGAGAAAAUGCUGAGAAACUCGGUCGGGUGAUUUUCACCUUCCGCACAAGAAAGAAUACUAGCAUCAACCAUUUUGUUC